CCCUGAUUACUAUGUCUACCUCCAAAGAGAGGGCAGGCACCCAGAGAGGGAAAGAAGUCAGGAGAGCCAUCCUAUCGGCAAUUACUGGACGGGAGACAGUCAGAAUUGUGCCAUCUGAGAGUGUGGCAGGAUCGAGCGUUUCCUCUCAGCUCACACACGUACAGGUCAACACCCAGCCAAGGCAGCCUGCGACCAGAGAUGGCACAGCCAUUCCAUGGCCUCCUUCCACAGCUGAAUCUGUCACUAGAUUAGAAAACAUAAGCCAUGCUUGGCAACAGACACCAGAUGCGACUUCCAUGACAGAGAUGAAGGGUUCAGUUAUUCUUAGGACUAAAAGCGUAAGUCGGCUCCCAGAAGUCAGGGACCCUAAUGCCAGCCCAACCACUUUGCCUCCCAGUACAGAAGCAGGGGCCAGCAGGGUCACGCCUUUGCCGACUCCCUGGGCUCAGGUUCCAGCAUCCUCAGACCUUCCACGGGGAGUUGGAGUUCCAGACAUAUUGAUUGCGCUUCCUGGCACGGAUGCAGCGGAGACUCCUUUGAAUGACAUGUUUUUCACUGUUGUAGCCCCAGAGAUCGGUCCUUCCAAUGUCAGAGGACAAAGGUUUGAUCCAGUGUUGCCACAAGGGUCACCUGCCCUCAGAGACAGGCCUGAGAGUCCAAAUAGAUUAGCUUCCAUGUCCAUCGAGUCUCCCAGUGACACCAGAGUAGAUGUGCACAUGGCGACAUCCACAGACGACACAGAGAGUAGUGCCUCAGUGAUGAGCGUCUCAUUCGCAGAUGACUGGAAAUCCAGAAGAGAAUCCGAAAAGUCCGCGGAUACCCCCUGGCAUAAUGUGGCAGGCCCUUUUGAGAUGAUCAGUGAAAUGGGGGCGAGUAGCACCUAUCUUUCUACCCAGAGACCCUCCGUCACUGUGGACAAUUGGAUAGAUUAUGUCAUGACAAAAGCACACGUAAUGGAAGCCACUUCUAGAAUGCUUAGUGCCAGUUCUGAAAAAGCAAACCUCCCUGACGAUCCUGAAACCACAGACUUGAUCGCCAUCAGCAGAGAUAUAGUGAAUUCAAGUUUGUCUUCUGUUACCUCGCUGAUGGAUGAAGAAAUUGCAUCACCCAGUGAAUCAGAUAGAGAACUCAAUACAGCUAACCAUAGGACCACUGACUCUUAUCCUAUCGCUGUUGGUCAGAUGAGCCAUCAGCUUUCAUUUUCUGAAAAACAGCGCAUGGCUAAGACUUUCAACUUUAUUAAUCAUGGAGCCCCAAAAUCUUCCAUGGCACCUACCAGAACAACAGACACCACUACCAGCAGCUCUGUGCUCACACCUGGAGGAAGGGUAGCCAUGCCAGGGCCCUCUCCUGGAACCUCACAUCUUGCUAUAUCUGGGAUAGAUGCCAGUCGUUCUGUGCAGCAGUCUCGCAUGGCAGCCCCUGUAAAUUCUUCAGGGGUCACUAAUGUAGAAGAUAUGAAGGUGGGUACCUCUAAGGUUGAAAGUGUAAGCCUGAUCCCUAGCACCACAGGCAGCCAUGCAUCUCUUUUGCUCCCAUAUCACUCUAGACAUUCAAGCAUAGAGUCACAGAGUAGUUUGCCCGGUCUCUGGUCCAUUUCUUCGUCUGAUAGCUCAUCUUCUAAACCACGGGAUUUCCCAAAAAUCCUGAAAACUGUAUGGCCCGAAGAUUACAAAGGGGUUUUGGUGACAGGGUCUGGUACCUUCUCUGAGCUCCCAGAAAAAGUCCACAUUACAAAUUUUUACCCCACCUCCCUGGAACAGAUGACUUGUUCUUGGACUGAGAGGAUGGCCUUGACCACUUUAAAUCUCCCUACUAUAAGAGAGGAAGUGAACUGCCCUACAUCUCUCCUAUCAUCCCCUAAGUCCUCAGAUAGCUCAAUGACCAUUGCCCUAACUUCAGACGAGACAGAGGAAGUUGCCUUUCCAUAUUUUGACUUGUUAGAGAACAUCAGUCAUGAGCAGACAGCCAGCUAUCAGAAAUCUAUAGACACCACUAUGGGCCACAUACAGCCAAGUUUAGAUAUGGCCUCCACCAGUGCUCUGAUUUCCCACGAAAGGAGCACAGGCAGUGUUCCAGACUCAGAGAUCAAGAAAAAUUUUCCUGCGACCUCUAAUUCUAUUGAUACCAACCUUAACCUCAAGUCAGGUCAUUCUUCAUGGCUCAAAGGAGAUUCAAUUGUCUACAUGACUCAGGAUCACACCCCAAGUUCUACAUCAAGGGCUGGUCUUGGAACAGGGACAGGGUCUUUGCUGGCAUUGACGACAGAAGCAUCCUCUCUGCCCAACCCUAGAGAAAACACAGUCAACCCAACAUUUUCUAAUACCACUGAAGUUAUGACUCCCACCAUGUCUGGAAUAAGAGCCAGCUCUCCUCCGAAUCCUUUCUUCACUUCAUCAACUGCCACAGUUGCCUUGGGGGUUAUGCCCAGUAAAAAAGAGGGGACUUCAGAUCCCCUUAGUGCAAGUCUGAUCCCUAGCACUAAGGUCACGGUCAUCAGUCCAAGUUCUGUGCCUAUAUCCCAUCCUGACCUCCAAAGCACAGGUGCAGAGGCUAGUGUAGCCACCCCACUGACCAAUUGCCCAUAUGAAGUGUUGGCAUCUUCAGACAAUGAGAUGGCAGGAACAGACCCAUUCACAACAGCUGGUGGCUCCACUCUGGGGAAGACUUCUCCUGAUGCUAUUGCAUAUACAACCCCAGAGACCCACUCUGCCAGAGUCAUGGGAACAAACCCUGCUCCAAUGCCUGCUGGGGCAUGUGCCAUUUCUACUACCAUGCCAGAGAAUCUAGAUGUCCAAGCAGGAAAGGGGCCAAAGGGGCCUAACUCGGCUGUUCUGCCUCCCACUGUUCUGAGUGAUGUCCCAACUGGGCAGGCAACACCAUCCACAGAACCCAUGGUGGGUAGCGAGACACCUAGUGGUUUCUCUGAGCCAAGUGAAGUGCCCCAUAUCACUUGCCUGCACACCAACUCCAAAGCACAUCUAGUCACUUCUUGGUCUGAAAGGACAAUCUCCUUAGACCUUCCCAUUUUAAGUGAGGACAUAAACUACUCCAUCUCUAUGGGUUCCUCAAAAUCCACUUCCAUGGCUCCUGGGCCAGCUACAAGGGCCAGCCUUGGAGCAGAGUAUAAGACUCUAACCCCUACCGUGUCAAAGCCUAGCCUUGGAGCAAAGGCAUGUUUGACCCUGGAGCCAACUACGGUAGCAGUCGAUGCCUCUGCUGCCAGCAGCUCCUUGCCUGCUACUAGAGAUAGCCCAGUUGUUUCUUGGCCUUCUAGUGCAGCAGAAGCCACAGUUGUCACUGUGAUUUAUACUGACACCAACCCUACUUGGUCAGAGAUCCUCACUCCAUUAGCCUCAUCAGAAGUCACUCCUGUGGCCGAGGAGAUGAACUCUGAAGUCCUUGGGGUUGAAAGUUCAAGUCUGAUCCCUAUCAGCAAGAAGGCAGACAUUAUAUAUACUUCUCCUGGGCCCUCCCCACAUCCUGAACCUCCAAAUGCAAGGGCAGAGACUAGCCUAGUUGCCCUUCCAGCCGCAUCCUCUUCUGAAGCUUUAAUCGAGGAUGGAGCGGCCAACCCGUUAGUUGUACCUUUUGUCCCAACACCUGUAGGGAUGCUUUCUUAUUGGAGAACACAUGCAGGUGCUCAGCUGAAUUCAACCAAAGUCCUAGGCAGGGCCUCAGCUUCCACCCUGACCCUAGCCUUAUCCACUGCCACAGAAAGGCUGGAUGCCAGGAUAGGAAGAGAGCUCAGCUCUAUGGCCUUGCCUAUCUCUGCUCUGAGUGACCUCCAGACAGCUGGCACAUCUGCAGAUCCACCAAGAGGGAGUGCCACAUGGUCCAGUUCUUUCUUUGAGCUCACAGAAAUGCCCCAGGUCAUUCAAAUAGCACACCCCAGCUCUGAGAUGCACCUGGCUACUCCUUGGUUUGAAAGAACCAGUCUAACAAACAUCCGGCGAUAUUCUGUGUCUGCCCCUACAUCCUCCACCACUGUGGAUUUCAGGGCUCUCUUGGAAGUACUGAGGAAGGAAGCUCCCUCUCCAUCCACUGGCCCCGCAGAGACCACAGCUUCUGAGCAGGCUCCUAGCUCUGCAGGACUUCUGGCCACCACUGGAAGUUUGACUAGAGAGAGAACCAGAUGGUCGAAUCCAAGUGCAUCAUUAAUAAUCUCCCAAGUGGCUGUGGCCAGUUCAGAGGGCAGCAUUCCAAACUUGGGGAACACCAUAGGUUCCCUUAGGACUUCAUCCUCACCUCAGAGUAGAGCUGGCCUUUGGAUCAGUCCUACUGAAAGACACAGGAAGGGUUCAGUCAGCAACACAAACCUAAGCUACCCUCCAGGUGCUCGAGAGUGCAAUCUUGCAACAAGGAUCCACUCAUCUCUGUCACUGACCACAACACUUGAUGCUUCCAGCACGAGCAGCUCUGAGGCCAACACUGGAAAGAGCCCUGUCAUCCCUUGUUCCCCGACCACAGCUCAAGUCGCCACGAAUACUACAGGUGCUGGCCUUCCUGUGGCACAGGGCCUCAUUCCACCAACCCCUUCCAUCUUGUUGGUUUUUUCAAGGGAUGGGGAGCCGGGCUCAUCUGCCUCUGCGACAGAUAGCUUACACCCAGGCCCUGGGAGCCAACUCACACAUUUUGCUCACCAAUCUGGCCUUCCAAACGCAGGAGGGGGAGGGCAGACCAGCAUGGCCUCCCACUUGACCAUAUCUUUCCUGGAAAUUCUGUCCUUAGACAAUGUGAUCCUCCAGCCAGGUUCAUCAGUCACAACUCUUCACUCUAUGGCUUCUAGGAGCCCAGAGAACAGCUCAGCUCUCCCUCUGGCAGCUUUGUUUCCUGUGGCUACAGCCAAAGGCACCUUAGCCAAUGCCACGGCAGAGAGCCCUAUAGCGGCGUUCUCUGCAAAUUCCACCCCUGCCACCACUGGUGGAUCAGCAGUGGUCACUCUGGGCCUGACCCCUUCAGUCCUUACAGGACAUGACCCUACCGGUCGUGAGUGGACACUGACUGUUGGCUUGACACCUGGAGCUAUCUCUGGCUCAGGAACUGAUACCAGCUCAGUGGCCUCUCCUCUCGCAAGGCUGUCUGGUCUCACAGCAGCAUUGGCACCAGGAAUAGAUGCCCAAAGGUCUGUAGGGGAGAGCACAUCCUCCCUGAACCGAGGUGUAGGGACCAGCAGUUCUGUAAGUUGGACCUCAUCCCCGUGGAAUACCUCGUCUUCCAUCAGCCUAGAUACAGAGUCAGGGACAGGAUGCCCCAUUUUUUCAGCACCAGGGAGCUUCCCUGCCUUGGUGGUCGCCACUUUUGAGAUCUCAACAGAGGAAGUAAGUGGGCAGAUAGCUUCUGGCUCAGCCACUCUUCAGGCUACCAACCUCCUUGAUUCCACCUCUUCAAUUAGCCAUGAGUUUGGGAUACCCACAGAAACCACCUCACCUCUGGCAGGAGCCACCAUGCCAGCUGAGACAUCUGUUCAAGUGACCAUAAGACAUGAAGACCUUCCUCAUACCUCAUUUGAGCCCACAGCUGCUCCAGGUUCCAGUACUUCUUUAGAGACCAGCAUACUUGAGAUAGUUUCCUCUACUCUCUCUGCAGCCACCCCAACAGCAGGCAAGACCACUGGGGAGAUCCUUCCCACAGUUCCUACUCCAUGGCCUACUCUAGUUGAUUCCUCAUACACAAAAGUUUUUGGUGGAGGGGCAGGAACAAGCCCUAAAGUCAUGUGGAUGCAACCAACUUCAACUCAGAUGAAAACCAUGUCUCUGACAGCAGAGGGGUCCAAGCCCCAGGCAAGAACUGAACUAGGCUCCUCUCACCUGGUUCCCAUCACCCUGAGUGAUGUCCCAACAGCUGUUGGAGGAGACAUGGGCACAACUGUGCCAUUUACAGACAUGACAACUGAAGAUAUGACAACGAUCUCACCUGGCACCUUCACCAAGCCUGUAGACACAUUGAGCAUCAUUCAAAGUCCACAUACUAGCUCCUUAGACCCUUCAUCCAUUCCCUGGUCUGAGAGAAUGACCUCCUUGAGUACAAGAAAGGUGAGCCACUCCAUGGCUCUCCUUGGGCCCUCUGGCUCAUCUGAUACCACAUCAGGGUCACAGACAAGCAAAGAGACCGCUCCAUCUACUGUCCUCACUGAGACCCCAGCUGAUCAGGGGGCAGCUAGCCCAAUUUUUACCACCAGUGAAAAAACACAGAAAAGUACAAGUGUGAGCUCCGUAACUCCUCUGGUGACCAAGGCAAGAAUAGCAGGUAGAACUCCAGACCUAGCCACCAGCUCACUAUUAUUCUCAGGAACCUCUGACCCCACUGAGGCCAGAACCAGUCUUGUGACAAGUUCUAACAAAAUUUCCAGCCCAGAAUCAUCUGCAGAUACAGGGACAGACCUGUUUUUUGGCACCUCCAGGAAGAUAGAGGAGGGAAGACAAGAGAAAGAAGGUAUCUCUCCAACUAUUUCUUCCACAGAGACCAUCACUCCUGAAAAAGUGACAAGCUCCAUGGGAUCUGUAGCCAUCACUCCAAGCAGUUUUGGUUCUAGGGCACCCACAGGAGCCACCUCACCUCUGGCAGGAGCCACCAUGCCAGCUGAGACAUCUGUUCAAGUGACCAUAAGACAUGAAGACCUUCCUCAUACCCCAUUUGAGCCCACAGCUGCUCCAGGUUCCAGUACUUCUUUAGAGACCAGCAUACUUGAGACAGUUUCCUCUACUCUCUCUGCAGCCACCCCAACAGCAGGCAAGACUACUGGGGAGAUCCUUCCCACAGUUCCUACUCCAUGGCCUACUCUAGUUGAUUCCUCAUACUCAAAAGUUUUCGGUGGAGGGGCAGGAACAAGCCCUAAAGUCAUGUGGAUGCAACCAACUUCAACUCAGAUGAAAACCAUGUCUCUGACAGCAGAGGGGUCCAAGCCCCAGGCAAGAACUGAACUAGGCUCCUCUCACCUGGUUCCCAUCACCCUGAGUGAUGUCCCAACAGCUGUUGGAGGAGACAUGGGCACAACUGUGCCAUUUACAGACAUGACAACUGAAGAUAUGACAACGAUCUCACCUGGCACCUUCACCAAGCCUGUAGACACAUUGAGCAUCAUUCAAAGUCCACAUACUAGCUCCUUAGACCCUUCAUCCAUUCCCUGGUCUGAGAGAAUGACCUCCUUGAGUACAAGAAAGGUGAGCCACUCCAUGGCUCUCCUUGGGCCCUCUGGCUCAUCUGAUACCACAUCAGGGUCACAGACAAGCAAAGAGACCGCUCCAUCUACUGUCCUCACUGAGACCCCAGCUGAUCAGGGGGCAGCUAGCCCAAUUUUUACCACCAGUGAAAAAACACAGAAAAGUACAAGUGUACCCUCUAAAACCUCACUGGUGGUGAAGGAAGGAAUAACAGGCUCAGAGACCAGUACGGAAUUCACUGAUUCCUAUGCUAAGGUUCUGGGAAGAGAAGUGAGUGCCAUCCCUAGCAAUAUCUGGUCAAGUUCAAGUUUGACCUCCAUCAGCACUUUGGUGGAAGAGUCACAUACAUCACUCAGUGCUCCAGACACAGACACCAGUCCAAUUUCCUCUAAGACCUCUGUCUCUGUUGACACCAGUGCCAGUUUCAGGAUAAGUCCUUCUGGAGGAUACAGUACAGCUGUGGACAUAGCUCUCACCCACACCCUGGUAUCAACCACAGCUCCAGCUAAAGCUUCUAUGACUAUUGAAUCAGAGACUGUGCCAGGGGUAACGUCACCUCUAGAAGCUUCAGUUUUCACUUCUGGGAUGCAGGAUGUAUGGAUGUCACCAUCGUUCUCUUCAGAGACCAUGGCUAAAGUGGGCAGCACCCCGAGGGCAGAUACAGUCACUGCUCCCUUUCCUACUGACUCCACCCCUUUUACAAGUAGUGAUGCUGGCAUGGUGCUUAUCACAUCUGCCCCCAUCCAUGGAGCAACAGGAAACCCUCCAGCCCUCACAUCUACCUUUGAUCCAGUAGGAAUCAGCAAGAACUCUGGUCCUAGCACAUAUAGGGAAGACUUAAUUGCAACAGAAAGCACAAGAUCUCCAGUCAAUAAACCCUCAGUGCUCACAACCAAUGUCCACACUUCAGACUACACAGGAGUUUCCAGCGUGAGCCCAAUGGCAGCAGGGAGCAGGAAUCCAUCCCCUUGGAGCAGAGAGGACACGGAGCCCACUAGCCUCCCCGGGGCUGCAUCGACCUUGGGAAAUGCCCCUUUCAGGACCCCGGGACCCAUCCUCUCCACAGACACACCUGCGGGCUCAGAGUCUGCUCAGACUGCCAGUCUCUUUGUGGGCUCGGCACCAGGUGGCCAGGCUGGAGAGACACCCCCGCCAAGCGUGUCUGCUGUGGGAGGCCAUCCCACUGCAGGAGGGUCUGUGGGCCCUGGCUCUCUCCCACCUGCUGCCACAGCCUUUGAGUCUGAGGGCAUGGCAGGCUCCAGCGUCCCCUUAGACAGCAGCCCUCGAAGGACCGUUUCCUCCUUUUUGCCCACGGCCACCUCGGCUGCCGCCACAGCAGCGAUGUGGGAGCAUGACACCACCAGGCCUCCUGAAAGGGGUCCAGGUGGCUCCUUCCAUACCGAGAUCCCUUCUUCAGGGAAAGGCAUCAGCACCCCCCUUGCUCUGUCUCCUUCUGACUCGGGCUCCACUAGCAGAGUCCCCGGCGCGACCUCCCUUUCCCAGGGCACACAGACAGUGGCUUCCACCAUCCCCGAGGAGUCAGAGGCCCAGACAGGGAUGCCGGCCAGCUCGGUUGGUCUGACCACCCCUCCCCGGAGUCAGAUCUCCAGUACCGAGGAGGCAGAGACAGCCACGGCUGCCCCUUCCCUGGGAGCCAGCCCAGGGCCAGUGGAUGCGCCCACUGCCUUCCUUGUUUCCACGGGCCCUCUAGGAACCGCCAUGGCCCCAGGAGGGAGCCCUAGUUCUAGGAGGACCCUGGAGACUUUGUGGACCGAGACAAGCAGCCCCUUUGCUUCUCCCAGCACGAGCCAGCAGAAGGGCGGUCCUCCUCCUGGGCUAGGGCCCUCUGGCUCCACGGGCACCCGGACACCUGUGGCCAUGACUGAGCCGAGGAGCAGCGCUGUGGUCUCUUCAUCUCCUGGCACAACGAGGACCCUGUAUGCCACGGAGGGGACCAGCCUCCUGGCUUCUCGUGAAGGCUUCCUGGCGACGACUGACACGCAGAGCAGGCCCGAUGGGACAUCUCCCAGCAUCCUCGUGGCUGGGUCAGUCUCAGCAGGCAGCCCUCGAGGCUCAGAGAGCAGCAUGCACUCAGAGAGUUCCUCAGUGUCUGCAGAGAUGGCGGUUGGAGAGAUCACGCUGCCCCCGGGGAGUUCCACCACUGCCUUUCCUGUGGACAGCCCCUCAACCCAUGGCCCCAGAGUUCCAGUGAUCAGUGCCAGAGCCGAGACGUCAUCCCAGCCGGAGCCGGUGACGGUAGCCGAGUCGUCCCCUUCUCCUGUCUCAGGGACUGCCCCUGGUGAAAAUGCAGCUGUGCCAUGGCUUUCUACCCCAGCUGAGGCCCUGAGUGCCUUAAGCACAGGCCUCAAUUGGCUGUGGACUCUCCCUGCAGCCAGUCCAGAAGCGUCCUCAGGGAGCAGCACCGUGGCUCUGGACAAGGUUUCAGCUGUGCCAGAGACCGAGGGGCCAAGCCUGGCUGCCAGCAGCAUGGUCACAGACACGCUCCCUCCCUCUGCCACCUCUGCUCAGCAUCCUGGCCACCCAAGUCCGGGAGGAGGGAUUGGCUCCGCUGGCUCCCUGACCUCAGCCUGGUCCCCAGAGCCAACAUCCUCCGACUCUGGCACUGGAGCCGCCUCUUCCUCUCCUCCAGAUGUGAGCUCCUCUUUGGGGGUGACUCGAGCUGGCAGCGGGGCAUUGCCGAUGGACUCGCAGACCACAGACCUUCUCUCGUCGGCCACUGCACCAGCGUAUGGCACAUCAGCAGAGGCCACAAGGACUGUGACAGGAGGUGGCCCUCCAGGGGCAUUGAGUCCAGGGCCCAUUCCCAGCUUGGGAGACUCGAUCACAGCCUCCUGGAAGGACUCAGCAGGCACGGGCAGGAGCUCUGUGUCUCCGGAGCUUACCCUGCCUGUUGUUUUGGGUAAGGACGCCUCCACAGGGUUCACAGCAUCUGGUGGCCCAUCCAGUCCUCCUCCAGGGACUGAGCUGCCAACCAUGCCUGGCACCGAGUCGCCAUCCUCACCUCUCGCAGUUGUGGAAGCCAGUUCUGCUUCUCCCCUUUCCUGGGGCCCGGGGGCCAGCCCUUCCCCCGCUUUCUCCCAGUCGACAUCGGAGGACAAAGGAGGCUCCUUUCCGAGCGCCACCGAGCGCACGUCGGAUGUCUCAGCCUCUGGGCCCACCGUGAGUUCAGAGAGUGUUGUUGCCACCUCGUCAGUGCCCAGCACAGAGGAGAUUGGCUCUGGGUCCGCUGCCUCCCUGGGCACCAGACUUCCACUCUUGACUGGCGGGAACAGGGUUACGGGAACAGGGGCUCCAGGAUCUACCCCGGAGCCCACAAGCCCUUGGCGUACAGGCCCGGCAGCAACACCAAGGCCCGGCCUGACCUUCGGCCCUGCCCGGACAGAGAGCACAGUGCCCGUGAGCACAGGUGCUGGCUCAGAGACACUUUCAUCCAGCUCUGUGGGCAGCCAAACGAUAGCACCAGACACCAGCAUUGCCAGCCUUCCGGACCCCCUGGCGACUGAGGCCACCAGCUCUGCGUCUCUCCUUUCGCCAGAGACAGGUUCCCCGGGAAAACUCCAUGUGCUGUCGAGCCUCAGCCCACACUCCCCUCCUGUGUUCACGCCGUCCUCGUCCCGGACCAGCCCCUCUUCUCCUGGGAUGGCCCCUUUCUCUGGGUCAGAGCAGAACACAGAAGCAAGCGGGGCAUUUGUGCCAGUUUCAGUUGCCACGGAGACUCUGUGGGCAUCUGGCCCUUCCCCGUCCUGGUCCACACUGACAGCAGACAUCCCUGGCCCAGCUGGUACAGCCUCUGGCUCAGGCCCUGCUCCUUCCACUUCAUCCCAGUUCACAAGCAUCAGUGAGAGCCUAGGUGCCAGCAGCCCCCCUGCAGACCUAACCUCCCAUGAAGCCAUCGCCACAUCUGCAGCCAGUGAGGCCCUGGGGGCCUCCACCAGUGUCAGCACUUCAGGUCAGUAGGAGUCUGCCAUCUGC